UCCGCUCCCAGCUCUUUCUCUCCCCGGUCUAGGGGCGAUCGAGCGGCGGGGAUGACGGGAACCCGUCCGGUCAGCCGAACCAGCCCACCGACGCACAGACACGGAGCCGAGCAGGUCGCUCCAACAGAACUUGACUUUGUUCUGAAGACUGGUUCCAGAUCCGCUCAAACGGAACCACGCAGGACUUUUACCUGAAAUCUGACUCAAACAACAGAACCGGUCCAGAAGUUCGGUUCUGUCCGCUUAAAAAUUGUUUUAAAUUUUAAUUUUAUUUUUUCUGGGAGGAGCGCAGAGAGAUGCGCAGCGGGAGGAUGUCGGAACCGGAGCGGACGCAGUAAAGCCGUCCUGUGCGCACGUUUUGACGCUCCAGAUCCGCUCCGGUUCGGCCCGGUUCUCCUGGAGGAGACUCGUUUGAACUGUUUGGAUUGUUAACUCCUCACCAUCGGACCCCUGGGAUCCGGCUCUGCGCGCGCGGGCAGCUCCUGGCUCAUGGAUCCGCCACUUUGCGCCUCCGGUCCGGUUCGGUUCUGAGUGGGACGGAGAGUUUCAAACCCGCAGUUUUUAGGGCAGGAGUUUCACAUCUGGUAAACCAGCCAGUUAGCAGCAGGAUCAGGAUGAGAAGAUGGCCGGCUAUGUGUUUCCAAUGGGACCAGAGAGCUUUAAGCGCUUCACGCCGGACUCCCUGGCAGCCAUUGAGCAGCGCAUCAGCCAGGAGGAGGCCCGGCGCAAAAAGGAGUACCAGGAGGACCUGGGCAAUGUGGAGCUGGUCCGGGCCCGGCCCGACCUGGAGGCAGGUAAACAGCUGCCUCGCAUCUUCGCCGACAUACCAUCUCACCUGGUGGGCGUCCCCCUGGAGGACAUCGAUCCGUACUACUUCAGAGACCAGAGGACGUUCAUAGUGCUGAACAAAGGGAAGGCCAUCUUCCGGUUCAGCGCCACAUCUGCACUCUACAUGUUCAGCCCGUUCCAUCCCAUCCGCAGACUCGCCAUCAGGAUCCUGGUCCACUCUCUCUUCAGCCUGUUCAUCAUGUGCACCAUCCUGACCAACUGCUGCUUCAUGGCCAUGUCAGAACCCGCCUACUGGGCCAAGUACCUUGAGUACACCUUCACAGGUAUCUACACCUUUGAGUCUCUGAUAAAGAUCCUGGCCAGAGGCUUCUGCAUCGGGCCCUUCACCUUCCUGAGGGACCCGUGGAACUGGCUGGACUUCAGCGUCAUCACCAUGGCGCUGCUAACAGAGUUUAUCAAAGUAGGCAACCUGCAGGCGCUGCGAACCUUUAGAGUGCUGAGAGCGCUGAAAACGAUCUCAGUCAUCCCAGGCCUGAAGACAAUUGUUGGUGCCCUGAUCCAGUCGGUGAAGAAGCUGGCUGACGUGAUGAUCCUCACGGUCUUCUGCCUGAGCGUCUUCGCCCUCAUUGGCCUGCAGCUCUUCAUGGGAAACCUGCGGCAGAAAUGCGUCCGCAGCACGACCCACUGCAUCAAUGGCAGCCUGCCCGCCAACACUUCCUUCUACUGCAACAACAAGACGUGGGCCUCCAUCAUGGACUUCAUCGAAGACGAAGAUAACCUGUACAAGGUGGAAGGAGCCAAAGAUGCCUUAAUCUGUGGGAACAGCAGCGACUCUGGGAAGUGUCCAGAUGGGUUUGACUGUCUGAAAACGGGAAGAAACCCAAACUAUGGCUACACCAGCUUUGACACCUUCGGGUGGGCAUUCCUGUCCCUGUUUCGUCUGAUGACUCAGGACUACUGGGAGAACCUCUACCAUCAGACGCUACGCUCAGCCGGUAAGACCUACAUGGUGUUCUUCGUGGUGGUGAUCUUCCUGGGCUCCUUCUACCUCAUCAACCUCAUCCUGGCUGUGGUGGCCAUGGCCUACGAGGAGCAGAACCAGGCCACCAUCGCUGAAGCCUGCCAAAAGGAGCGGGAGUUCCAGCAGGCCAUGGAGAGGCUCAGGAAGGAGCAGGAGCUUGCAGCCCAGAAAACCCUUGACUCGGACUCGCUGGCAUCACCGGACCUCUCACCUCUUGGCCCACCACUGCACAGCUCUGAGGAGAGGAGGCGGAGCCAAGCACUGAUGGGUGUGGUUGACAUGGAGGGAAACCUAUCAGAGGAAAAGCUGCUGCAGGUGGACACGAUGGAAGGGGCAAAGCCGCUACAUCCUCUCCUCGCUCGCUCUUUCUCCACAAGGACUCGGAGAAGCAGCCAGGUGUCGUCCAUCUUUAACUUCCGCUUGAGGAGCCGUGGUUCAGAGGGGGAGAUGGCGGAUGAUGAGUUCAGUGUUCCUGGUGAUGUAGUGGAGGGAGUGGGGGGCCGGACGUACAGCGGAGGGACUUUCAGCGGGAUCCUGGCCAACCCAUGGUCCAAACGGAGGCUGAGCACCUACAGCAAUGCCAGCAGGAACUCCCAGGUGUUUUAUCCGACUCUGAACAUCAACGGGAAGCUGUUUGUUUCCAUGGACCAUAACGGGGUUUCCUCCCCACCACUGCAGGGGCAGCUACCUGCAUGCACCAUGGAGAAGGUCAAGGAGGAGAGUGUCCCCACGUCCACCACGGAGCUCAGUACGAUGCUGCUACCUCGACCUUCAUCCACACAGGGCUCAGAGCGGAGGGGGCGGGCGCUCAGCGCGACUAGCUACCUGACCGACGCCAUGGAAGAACUCGAGGAGUCUCAUAAGAAGUGUCACCCCUGCUGGUAUGUGUUUGCACACCGGUACCUGGUGUGGGAGUGCUCCCCCUGGUGGCUGAAGGUGAAACAGCUGGUAAAGAUCAUGGUGAUGGACCCGUUCCUGGACCUGACCAUAACCAUCUGCAUCGUCCUCAACACGCUCUUCAUGGCCAUGGAACACUACCCCAUGACGGUUGAGUUCAAUGGAAUGUUGACCACCGGAAACCUGGUCUUCUCAGGGAUCUUCACAGCUGAGAUGGUGCUGAAGAUCAUCGCUCUGGAUCCGUAUUACUACUUCCAGACUGGCUGGAACAUCUUUGACAGCAUCAUCGUCUGCCUCAGCCUGAUGGAGCUGGGCCUAUCGGACGUAGAGGGUCUGAGUGUGCUGCGGUCCUUCAGGCUGCUCCGAGUUUUUAAGCUAGCUCGCUCGUGGCCCACCCUAAACACCCUGAUCAAGAUCAUCGGGAACUCCAUGGGUGCUCUCGGAAACCUGACGCUGGUCCUCGCCAUCAUCGUCUUCAUCUUUGCCGUGGUGGGAAUGCAGCUGUUUGGGAAGAACUACCAGGAAUGCACUUGUAAGAUCUCCAAGGACUGCUCUCUUCCCCGCUGGCACAUGAAGGACUUCUUUCACUCCUUCCUGAUUGUCUUCCGGGUUCUGUGUGGCGAGUGGAUCGAGACCAUGUGGGACUGCAUGGAGGUGGCGGGUCAGCCGCUCUGCAUCCUGGUCUUCAUGCUGGUCAUGGUCAUCGGGAACCUGGUGCUCUUGAACCUGUUCUUGGCUCUGCUCCUCAGCAGCUUCAGCUCUGACAACCUGUCUGCUCCAGAUGAUGAUGGAGAGCUGAACAACCUUCACAUCGCCAUCAACCGGAUCACCCGAGGCCUGGGCUGGUGCCGCCAGCAGGUGCUGGAUUUCUUCAACGGGAACCUGAAGCGCCGGCGUCAGAAACGGAAGGAGGCAAAAGCCAUGAUGAAGCUGAAACGUCUGAGUUCCAUACACACCGAGGCCAACGGCGCCAUCAUUGGUCGUCAUGUGGAGAAGUACGUGGUUCCAGAAGAUGACGGCUACAUGACCAACCCCAGCCUGACCAUCAGCGUUCCCAUCGCUCCCGGAGAAUCCGACGUGGAGUUUCCAGAGGAGGAGGACGAGGAGGAGGCGGGUGGAGAGGAGCAGAGCGAGGGUUCUGAAGGAGACGAGGAGAGGGAAGAGCAGAAGGAUGAGAUCAGCCUAUCAGAAGGAAGCACCGUGGACCUGAGAAAGUCUGGAGAAGAGGAGGACGAGUACUCGGAGAUGGCUGAGGAGGCCAUGGACCCAGAAAACUGUUUCCCAGACGUUUGUGUGGCCCGGUUCCAGUGCUGUGACAUCAACACCACAAUGGGUUUGGGUCAGAUGUGGUGGAGGACAAGGAAGACGUGCUACCAGAUUGUGGAGCAUAGCUGGUUUGAGUCUUUCAUCAUCUUCAUGAUCCUCCUCAGCUCAGGAGCUCUGGCCUUCGAGGACAUCUACAUCGAGCAGAAGAGGGUUGUUAAGGUGGUGCUCGAGUUUGCAGACAAGAUCUUCACCUACAUCUUCAUCCUAGAGAUGUUACUCAAGUGGCUCGCCUACGGCUUCAAGAAGUACUUCACGAACUAUUGGUGCUGGCUCGACUUUCUCAUUGUUGAUGUUUCAUUGAUCAGUUUGGUGGCCAACACGUUGGGUUACUCCGACUUAGCCGCCAUCAAAUCCCUGCGAACGCUGCGGGCGCUGCGGCCCCUCAGAGCCCUCUCCAGGUUUGAAGGAAUGAGGGUGGUGGUGAACGCACUGAUUGGAGCGAUUCCCUCCAUCAUGAAUGUAUUGCUGGUCUGCCUCAUCUUCUGGCUCAUCUUCAGCAUCAUGGGGGUCAACCUGUUUGCAGGGAAGUUCGGUCGCUGUGUAAACAGAACUGGUUUUGUCUACGACGCCUCCGUCAUCAACAACAAGUCAGAGUGCAACGCCUUCAACGACACCUCCCUCUACUACUGGACCAAGGUCAAGGUCAACUUCGACAACGUUGGUGCCGGUUAUCUGUCGCUGCUGCAAGUGGCAACAUUUAAAGGCUGGAUGGACAUCAUGUACGCUGCUGUGGAUUCCAGAGCAGUCGAGGAGCAGCCGAUCAAAGAGGUCAACCUCUACAUGUACCUCUACUUUGUCAUCUUCAUCAUCUUCGGCUCCUUCUUCACCCUCAACCUCUUCAUUGGAGUCAUCAUCGACAACUUCAACCAACAAAAACGAAAGUUAGGAGGACAGGACAUCUUUAUGACUGAAGAACAGAAGAAGUACUACAAUGCCAUGAAGAAACUGGGCUCCAAGAAGCCUCAGAAGCCCAUUCCGAGACCUCUGAACUCUCUGCAGGGAUUCUUUUUUGACCUGGUUGGGAAGCAGGCCUUUGACAUCCUUAUCAUGGUGCUGAUCCUCCUCAAUAUGAUCACCAUGAUGGUGGAGACGGACGAGCAGUCCCCUCACAUGGAGAAGAUCCUCUACCACAUCAACCUGGCCUUCAUCAUCAUCUUCACCACUGAAUGCAUCAUCAAGAUUAUAGCGCUGCGCUGCUACUUCUUCACCGUUGGCUGGAACAUCUUCGACUUUGUGGUUGUCAUCCUGUCCAUCGUUGGGAUUGUUCUGGCUGAUAUCAUAGAGAAGUACUUUGUCUCUCCGACCCUGUUCCGAGUCAUCCGACUGGCUCGGAUUGGACGCAUUCUUCGCCUCAUCAGGGGUGCAAAGGGCAUUCGAACACUAUUGUUUGCCCUCAUGAUGUCUCUUCCUGCUCUCUUCAACAUCGGACUCCUCCUCUUCCUCGUCAUGUUCAUCUACGCCAUCUUUGGCAUGGCUAACUUUGCCUACGUGAAGCGGCAGGCGGGGAUCGACGACAUGUUUAACUUUGAAACCUUUGGGAACAGCAUGAUCUGUUUAUUCCAGAUCACCACCUCUGCAGGGUGGGACAGCCUGCUCAGCCCCAUCCUCAACAACUCCCCAGAGGAGUGCGAUGCCCACCUUCCUCACACUGGCACCACGGUCAAGGGAAACUGUGGGAACCCGUCGGUGGGCAUCACCUUCUUUGUCACAUACAUCAUCAUCUCCUUCCUCAUCGUGGUUAACAUGUACAUUGCCAUCAUUCUGGAGAACUUCAGUGUGGCCACAGAAGAAAGCACAGAACCGCUGAGCGAAGACGACUUUGAAAUGUUCUACGAGGUUUGGGAGAAGUUUGACCCUGAAGCAACUCAGUUCAUCGAGUACUCCAAGCUGUCAGACUUUGCAGACUCAUUACUGGAGCCGCUGCGCAUUGCCAAACCCAACAAGAUCAAACUUAUCUCCAUGGACUUGCCCAUGGUCAGUGGAGACAAGAUCCACUGCCUGGACAUUCUUUUUGCUUUCACCAAGCGUGUCCUUGGCGAGUCAGGUGAGAUGGAUGCACUCAAGCAGCAAAUGGAGGAGAAGUUUAUGAUGGCCAACCCAUCCAAGAUCUCCUACGAGCCAAUCACCACAACUCUGAGACGCAAACAAGAAGAAGUCUCUGCCACCAUCAUCCAGAGGUGCUACCGCAGACACCUGGUGAGACGGCAACUGAAGGCCGCCUCCUACCUAUAUCGGCAGAUCACCACACCGGGACACGUACCUGCUGAAGGCGAGGAACCUGUUGAGGUGAUCUUUGGAGAGGACGCACCAGAGAAAGAAGGGCUGAUCGCCACCAUGAUGAAGGAAAACUACGGCUCCAGUUUGUUAAGGAUGGAGCGCUCUGAGACAGUUUCGUCCACCUCGUUACCUCCAUCCUACGACAGUGUGACCCGAGCAGCACCUGAGAGCCCCCAACCACUCGUCACGGAACAAUCUGUUGUUGAAACCAAAAACAUGGAUUUGAGUAAACAGCCACCGCGGGAGCCUGAACCGGACUUGACGAUGGAAGCAGAACCAUAGCAGGAACCCAAACAGACCAAAGCCUGCUGUGGGUCCAUCAAGUCUUUUAGUUCUGUUGUUUACUGAAUGUAUCGUAGCCGAGGAACCUGGGAAAAAGCAGUCAAACGAAAGGGCAGAAGAAGUGAAACAUUUACUACUUUAAAGGUCAAACCUUUUCCUGGACCCAGAGGAACCUUGUGAGAUAAGGUACCUCGUCUGCCUUCUUGUGGAGCAAAAACCAGAUGAAAUGAUAUCGGUUCUGUCAUGUGGAACAGAACCGACGGUUUGGACCCGAACAGCUCCGAGUAACUAUAUCACACAUCACUUAUCAUGGGGGGGUGGGGGGUGGGUUUCCCUAUGCUUGAGGAGGGCGGAGCUAUUCAAACAAAUCAUUUUGGUAGUAAAAUAUAACGUUGUUGAUGUAACGAGUCUUUUAAUAUCGGUACAAUUAUUACUAUUUUUUUAUAUUUUCUAGAGUAAGUAAAAAAAACGUGUCUCUUUUAACUGAGGAGUUUUAAGGAGGAUUCUGGAGGAGCAGAAAGAGGUGCUGACAGGAGGAGAAACAAUAUCACCUCAGAACCCCCAAAAUCUGCUUCAUCUUCAUUUUGUUCUUUUUCUCUGCCUCGUUUGCACUUUGAGUUUACAUUUUACUGUCACUGUACUGCACUUUGAUGGAGGCGCCCAGAGGGAGGCGCCCAGAGGGAAGCGUCCAGAGGGAGGCGCCCAGAGGGAGGCGCC